AUGGAUAUAGUGUCUGACAGUCCCCAUGGAAAUAUAACAAUAUUCAAUUCAAAGGAACAGGAAAAACAAAUUAUAACUCAGUGCAGCUCUAUUUAAACUUUAUUCUAUUCUAGUCUGUGCCACGAUCUGGAACAGUCAUACAGUAAACAUAUAUGACCAAAAUUGGAGGUGGGGAGGGAGGAUUGUUGACUUCGUAUUCGAUUGCCAAACAAAAAAAUUAUGAUAUCACACUAUUAUGUUAUCACACUCAAAGCAAUGCCACACUUCAGUUCAUCGUAAGAUAUCGUUGGAAACUUUCCACUUUCGCUUAGAAACAUAAUACUUUGGAAUUUGCAAAUAAAUAGUACGAUGACGUCAUAAAGAGUAAUAAAUAUACUGCUGACAUCUAGGAAUUACUAAUUACAUUUUCAAAGGAAACUCAAGUGGUGUGUUUACAUUUGCAUAGCAGUCAAGCAGUCUACCAUAAUGAAGUACGUAUUAUUUGGUGCUUUCUUGCUGGUGAAUCUGGGUACGUUAGAAAGUAUUACUUGUGGUUUCGGAAAGGAAUUUUGUAAACUUCAAACUUGUGUGAAAGAUCUGAAAUGUAAAGGAAAUGUUGGAAGAACUUUUUGCGACUGUUGUGAUGUUUGUUUAAAACAAGAAAAUGAGACAUGUGGCGUAAUAGAAGGAAAGUGUGAUUAUAAGGCGCCAAUUUGUGCAAAACUACCAGGUACACACAAGAAAUGCGUUACCAUGAAAACAGUUCUUAAACAUCGCAUUCGAUUAUACAUGAGAGAGAUUCGAACAAGUUGUAAAAAAUCAAAAUCAUACAAAGGUUACAAUGUGGAAAAAAUUUUCAAAUGCUUUUUAAACUCGGUUGGAUCACAAUAUUACUGCUUAAAGAAGCCAACAUAUAAUCCAGAUGAAAAAAGCUGCUGUGUCCAUCCGAAUAAGUGCAACCCGGAUCCCGAUAUUUAUGAGAAUAUAGAUGUGUAUGUCCCACGUGACCUAUGAGCUGAAAAAGACAUCUUGUAGUAUGCACUGCUUUAUGAAGAAUGAACAUUAUUGGUGGUAGCCCUUUCUGUUACGAAUAUACACUUUUAGGAUGUAGUAUAUAUAUUUUGUUGUAAUUAAAACUGUAACCUCGUUGAACAGAAAUUAUAAUUUACAGUUGUA